ACAUCUGAACGCGUUAUCCGAACAACUAUGGGCAAACAGUUUCGGCGGUACACGGAGUGAAUUGAGCGACCAAGCGAAAACACAACUUGUCGUGAUGGAUAACCACGAACGAUGCCUUUACUUGUCCACUUUUGGAGCAAUCGCAGCUGGCCUGUUAUUGAUGAGGAUACGCCGGAGACGACAGGAACGUCGAAUACGAAUACUGCAACAGCGCAACCGGAGACUCAUGGCCAUGCUAGCUGCAGUCAGGUCCCCAUCUCCGGAACCACGACCUGCGGGAGCGAAUCACCAAGGCGCGCGUCGUCCGCGCCGCGUGUGGACUCGAAUACGGAGUGAAAACUUCUGGAAUCACGUCAUGUCGCCCGAGUUUACGGCUCAGGACUGGUUGCACAACUUCCACGUGUCGCGCGAGACGUUUACUGACCUAUGCGAACAGUUGAGGGACUACAUUCAAACACAAGACACUGCUUGGAGACUAGCCACUCCGGUCGAAAAGAAAGUGGCCGUCUUUCUGUGGCGCUUGGCAACCAACUGUCAUUACAAGGUUCUAAGUCAACUUUUUGGCGUCGGCCGAUCAUCGGCGUGCAUCAUACUGAAAGAGUCUACCCAGGCCAUUGUUCAGCACUUGUUGCCGCAGUACCUUAACCCCAAAGACGACAGUACCCAGACCAGCCACUUCUUUGAGGAGGUGUACGGCCUGCCCGUGGGGUGCUGCGGCGUCCUAGGUGCUAUGUACAUAACCGUGAGCCCACCGUCGUACGUCAAGGCAGAGUAUGGUGUGACACAAGAGGGAGGCGCCACCCACUAUGUCUGCCUUCUACAAGUCGUGGUCGGAAAAGACGGCAAGAUCGUGGCUGCACGAGCCGGACAGACACCGUCGAGGCCGGGACGUCUAGAGGACUGGGCAUAUUCAAACAUAAUCAAAGACGAGACAUCAUACCUUGCGGCAGGACCUCCGUUCGAGCUCCGGCCAGAAGUCAUGGUACAGUUUGUUGACCCUUCUACAAAAGCACAACGGACAUUCAACAGCGCCAUCGCAGGAGUGCUCGGGUACCUCAGCCAGACGUUGUCUCGCCUACGAGGUCGCUUCAAGUGCGUGGCUGCAAAAUACGAGGGGGAUCUCAGCAGCAUCGGAGAUCUUGCGACCGCCUGCUGCGUCAUGCACAACAUCUGCGAGGGUCGUAGUGACAGGUUCGACCCCAACUGGGCCGAAGGGCCCCCAACUGUCGUGCCCACCACGCAUCCCAUCCCGGGGCCAGAAGAGGAGGCGCGGGAACGGGCAAAGGAGAAAAGGAGUGCACUGGCAGAGAGCCUCGUGAUGCAUGAGAUUGCAUAAAGACACGAUUUUUCAGCCGCUGUAAAGCAUCCGGAUGUAAAUAUGUAGAAAGUGUAGGGCGUACCAGUGAAAGGACCCCCUAAGUAAUGGUAAAACGUUCUCGAGGCAAGGUUAUGCAAGCCGAACUGCAGCUGCUGGGCAUGCUGUGUGGACACACCUGCAGUGAAAUUGUUGUUGGUCACCAAAGAAGUGUCGGUACGGAAUUCGAUAUACUUCUUCUGUGCCGUACACGGUAGAUGCUUUAUUGCACACUUGACUUUCUUAGACUCUUUAUUUUGUCUUUUUUGUGCUUUAGAGAUGUUGUGUGCAGUGUCAAACUUCAACUGGACGGAACAUUAUACCUUACUUAUUUUGCUAUUUUUGUGCACCUCAAGGCACGAGAUGUACAAGCCAUCUUUUUUUUUCCUUCUGUCUUUCUUUACAUUUUGACCAGAAUAACGUCACUGAUGUAGACAUAGCUACCUCCUGCUAGAAAAUCAAGUGCUUGGUUGCUUUUCUAGGCCAUUCUAGAAUCAGCCACUUUGUUUAAAACAGAUGAAACAUGAAUGUAAAAAGGUCCUGGAAAGUGACCGACAUCUUGUACAAUAACAGUGGCAUCCUUUAAUUGCUUGCUUUUCAAUAUAGUACAUCUCUGAGUGUAUCUGUAUAAAAAUAUGGGCUACAUACGGGGUAAAGAGUGUAUAAACGAAACAUUACAGAUCACAAGGAUGAAAGUUUUGCACUGUAAAGUAUAUGUACAACAGCGCGAUAUGGAAUGUAUGUGGAUGCCGCUUACAACUGCGUAACAAGCAAAAGGUAUCUAAGCAACAUCCAGAUCACAAGCGGCCUCCCUAGCACAACAGAAUCAAGACUACAAGCAACCCACCGGGAGUAUUGCUCCAAAUUUAGUUAUACACUGUUUACGUUCAACAAAAUACCAAUGGCAGUGUUAAGUAGAGAUUCUGGAGUGUCAAUACCCUCCCUCUGCGGGGAGAUUCUGCUAUACAGAAGGACUGCUGUAGGAUGAGCAGCAGGUAACAAAUCCUUAGUAUGAAUGAAACUAGGAUGAUCAAGUGGUCAAAGUAGGAUGAAGUCUUUGAGAUAGUCUGUGGUGGUUUUUCCAAACCACCAGCCUUGUUCCAGUUGAUUUGUACCUUGUACAAGAAUAUGGAGCUUAAGAUGGAAUUUGGUUAAAAGCAAACCGAGGUCACACUGUGUGAAAUCUGACACGGAAUAAGGUCAGAUCACAGAUUGUACGGGUAAUGUAACGGCUACGCAAUUAAAGUCAUUUACAGAGUUCA